GCUGGUUUUAUUAUUAAAAGGGACAGAGAGAGGAAAAAAAUGCAAGGCUGUUGGAGCUGCAUUGUUUUAGAUUAACAGCAGAGAUAGAGAGAGAGAAGAGGGAAGAAAUAACGGCAAUGUGAGUGAUUUGGUGCUUUAUUUAAACCAGCAAGAGCUUGUUUUGUGUUUUUUUGGGGGGGCAAAAGAAAUCCCACCCCCACCCCGGUUAUUUGAAGAUGUCAUGGCAGAAGCGGAUGCAACAACCCCUUACGAGGAAUACGAGUGCAAGAUCUGCUACAAUUACUUCGACCUGGGGCGCAGGGCGCCGAAGAUCCUGGAGUGUUUGCACACAUUUUGCGAGGAGUGUCUGACUACCCUGCACGUCAGGGAGGACCGGCCAUGGCGAAUCGCCUGCCCCAUCUGCCGGCACAGGACAGCCGUGCCCGAUUACCGGAUACACAACCUGCCCAAUAACACCAAGGUCACUGAGGCUUUCCCCCUGUACGUGGGAGCGGACCCUCUGCCUCAGGACGCCUUGCCACCGACGCCCCAACUGCAGAGGUUGAACCAGCAGCCUCACUCCCAGCAGCAGCAGCACCAGGCUCCACAGCAGCAGCAGCAGCAACAACAGCCCCGCUCCAGCGCUUCCCUGCCGCCCGAGCUCGCCACCCCUUCGGCGGCCACGGCCACUCGCCAGUCCCGGGGACCCUCGGCUCCUUACGAGAGCUGCCAGAACUGCAAGCGGGCCGCCCUGACCGCCGGCUGCGUCUGUGUGGUCUUCUCGUUUCUCUCCAUGGUGGUGCUGCUCUUCACCGGCCUGAUCUUUGUCAAUCACUACAACAGCUCGCCGUCUCCGGUCGGCCCCAUCUGCCUGUCGGUGGCCAGCAUCUUAGCCUUGUUCUCAGUGGUCGUCACGUGGGUGAUCUGCUGGCUCAAAUACCGCCCCGACAGCAAUGGCCAAGUGAGCAACAACAGGGCAGGGACCACUGCCUCCUCUUCAUCCAGGAGAACCACUGAACAACUGGGAUGAAAUGCGGAUUGUGGUACUGCCAAACGAACCCCAAGUGGGGAACCACAAACAAUCCCUGAACCCUCUUUCCUGUGCGUGCUUUCAUCCAAUACUGUUGCAUGCCGAGACGAAAGGAAAUGAUGCAGUUCACCAAUUCCUUCAUUCCAGUCCUUUUCCUUUCCAUAUCACAGGACGAACUUCCUUCGACUCGUGUAGCUUGUGGGCGCAAUAACUAGUAAAUGUGUAUCCCAAAAGCUUUCCAUGCCUUUACUCAUAACAGAUAUUGUGUGCAUCGUCUUGUGUUGAAGUGUAUAUGUUCAAAUUGCACCAUAAGUGAACCAUGCAUCGUUAAAUUUUGAUAAUGAAUAUAUGUACAGUUAAAGCAAAACUGAUAGAUGUGGUUGUUUAAAGUCACGAAACUGUGGGUUUUGGUUUCCUGACUGGCAAGCCGGAAGGAUGUUAGGGAGACUUGGCGAGAUAAAAGGCUUUGGAAUUUGAUUGCUAACAGUCUAAUCAGCCACUGAUUUCCCUUGUAGACAAUGGCUCUUUUUCUAGAAAGACUACAGACUAACCAAGGACAAUGGUGGUCGGGAAGGCCCUUUUUAAAUCCGAGAAGAAGUAUUUUAUAAAUAGACAUACUGUAGUUCAGUCCAAUCAAGUCAAACAGAGAUUGUUGACAAAUGUGAGAAGUGGUUACACAAAACAUUAAAGGUCACUGAUUCAGACAAAAACAUCCACAUAUCAGAAUCAAUCCAUUUAUGUGCAUUAGUCACUAGUAUUUGAUUAUUUCAUUAAUAUAACUCACAUAAGCACGAUUGUCUCACUGACAGUCAUAGAUAUGUUACAAAAACAUCUUCCGGAGGAGCGUUGGGUAAGACAACAAAAUGUGUAAGUUUUGAUCUUAAAAAAGAAAAUAGUGAACAUAACAUGGAAGCUGGAGUUAAAGCAAAGUAUUAAGGAUACUGGAAACCUGAGGUGCAAAGUGCUGGAGAAAUUCAACAGGUCUGGUGGCAUCUGGGGAGACAAGAGACAGAGUUAAGGUUUCAAGUCCAAUAUGACACCCUUUCGGUUCCGGAGCACUUUCUAUGGUAGAAGUUUGAGUUAUGUUCAGGUUGGUGUGAAAACAUCCAGGUAGAUUUAAAUCAAUAGAUAACAUUAAAAAGCAAGUACGGUAAUCGGAAGGUACAAAUAUCUGUCGAGUACCUGACAAAUCUGCUGCAAGUAACUCUGACAUGGCAGAAUUACCUUAAUUUCUCGGAAUCUUUGGAAACUUAAAAGGGUAGCACGUGACCAAGCAAAGGCGUUCUGGCUGAAUGUUUGCAUUUAGGAUCUGUGAUUUUUAUUUUCUGUAAUGUGGUGGGAUCAUUUUCAUAAUUGGCCAUCACUAACAUUAAUCCAGUCUGAAAUUUUAGUUCGUGCUAAACUGGGAAAGGAAGUCCAAAUGCAAGUGUUAAUAGUGAAGAAAUUACUUUCAGCUUAUCCCCCAUCGAAAAGUGUGCAAGUUUAAAAACUCAAAGAGCUGCCUAAGUGUACACUCACCAGUGAUUGGGCCAUUGGCUGAGGAUCGUUAUCAAACCAAUCAGACGGACUCACCAUCCCUGCACUGUAACCUGAGAAGUGACUGUCUCAUAAAUUCAUUAUUAUUCAGGACCUUUUGGACAAUCCUUAAGAAAUAACCCAUAUUGGGGACUAAGGCGAAACCAACGCGUUUUCCACAUCGAUAUUUUUGGUAUAAAGAUUGGUUUCCCCAAUGGCUCCGGGAAUUUAUUCAAAGGUUGAAAUAUUUACACUUGAGUCAGUUGAGUUUAACCAGGACAGGAGAUCGUCUUAGCACUCCGGGGUUCAGGGCAGGAAAGAGAUUCAAUGAUCCUAGUUGUAUUUACCAGCAACAACCCCUCCCCCCCCCCCCCUUGUCGAAUUAGUAAGUGUGAGACAGAGAUUCCAUGUCGGAAUCUAUCAAAAAUAAUAGAUUGGCCAUUUGGACCCGGUAGUGCAGGGAACUUAUCAACCCGUGGAACUAGCUGGGGUGGGGUAGGAAUAAAGUAAAAUAUUUUAAAAAGUGUCCAUCUCUAUCCAAACAUGUGCAUGUUAGGCGGAUUGGCCGUGUUAAAUUGCCACACAGUGUCCAAGGAUGUGCAGGUUAACCAUUGGGAACAUGCGGGGUUAACAGGAAUAGUGUAGGGAAGUGGUUCUGGGUGGAAUUGAGGGUCGGUGUGGACUCGAUGGGCCGAAUAGCCUACCUCUACACUGUAGGGAUUCUAUAUCACAUCAGUUUCUUAGAUAUUCUUGGAACAUCAUGAAAUGUCUUGAGAUGAUACUCUGCAGUGGGAAACCAGCCCGUUUACCGCAAUGGUUUCUAAUUCCCCUUUGCCAGUUUAACGAGUAAAUAACACAGCUUUAAAUAAAAAAAAGUCUUUCCCAUAAAGUUGUGGAAAGAAGAUUCCCAGGAGGAUGUUAAACAUUUACAGGCGGGUUUCCAAGUUUCAAACCAGCGGCGUUUUGUUUAACAUUCUGAGCAAAUAAGCCUUAUGCAAUAUAGAGACAAUGACAUUCAUAAGUUAACUGUCGAAAAGUGACAGUUUUUUUUUGCAGAAUCUUGCAACUUUGUAUUUCUAUGUUCUUCCUUGUGAAUGAGUAUCAGUGACAUCAAGGGGAACUGAGUUGAAGUUGACUGGAUAGAAGCGAAAUUUAUGCAAAGCAUUAUUCUCAGUUUUUAUAGUUCUUCCCCUCUUGUUUCGUCGUCUUCGAAAUAAUAGCAAUGCUCAUUCUAAAUGUGGAUGAUAUGAAUAAAAUGAUAUUUGCCAUACUUUGAUGUUAGCCAAACCCCACACUCCCAUAUAGAGUGAGUAAAAGUGUUAAAAAGUUUGCACUGCCGCUGUGUUAUACUGUAACAUUUUUUUUCCCCGCAGGUUGAACUUUAGAAUUGUUCCGGUAAAGAAAGCCGUUUGAAUUUUGUUCGGUAAAGGGGACGAUUUCGUUCAGAAAUAUCGCGGAGACUCGUUUGUAUUUGAAUCCAAGUACAAGUGAACGCUUUCUGAUUUGUAAAUGGCUUAGGAGUUUUUGUAUUGGGCAGUGUUUGGUGGUAGUGCUACACUGGUUUAGUCCAGUGUGACAACUGCUUUCAGACUGAGUCUAGAAGUGGGUGUAACUGAAAUAUUAUUGUAUCAAAUGAGUAAUGAUUGCACAUAUUAGAUAUUUUCCGUUUCUAAGUAUAAAUGUCAAAUCUGUGUAACAUACUAACCAGAAACAUCAUACAAUUCAACAUCCAGAUUGAAUCUAGGCUGGCCUAGAUGGCUUUUUUUUUAAAAUAAGAAAAUUUUCCUCUCUCUUCUAUUUGCUAAUUGUAUGAGGGUUUCUUUGCUAAUGCUACUUUUUUUUCAGUUAGCCAGAGUAACUGGGAGUAGCGAGGUUCACGGAAAUUGUAUUGCUUGGAUAUUUUCAACUACACUGAACAUUAAAAUCUCAAAUUAUUAUCAAGAA